GGUCCUCUUAUUCGCGCCCUACACCAAAUCAUUCAAUCGAAAUUGAAAUCUCAAAACCUAAACCCCAAUUUUCGCCCCUCUCAUUCUCGCUGUGCCUGCACCGCCACUGCAUAUCGAUCUCGCAUGGUAGCAACUAGCAACAAGUUUAUUUAUUUGCAGUUUUCGCUUUCGAUGAAUUAAAAGAAAGUGUGGUUGCAGCAAAGCCGUGGGUUAGAAUGGCAAACUACUAUGAUAUUGAUGACAUUAUGGUAGAGGAAGAGAUUGUGUCGGUGGUAUUUCAGAAGCCAGCAUCUGGAGUGGGAAUAGAUCCAAGUUCUGAGACCGACUCUAUUGAAGCAGGUUCAAAAGUCGAAUUGCCUUUUUGGCUUGCUCAUGAAUUACAGUUGAGACAAGCAGUAUCAGUAAAUGUUCCCCCUUGUUUCAAUCAAAAAACAAGGCUAGAGAUCCAAGCUGAUUCUGCAUCUGUGGAUCUCAAGUCCAGAUGUCAAUUCUUUUAUGAAUUUGGUUGCAAGAUAGCACCGAUAGUUGGCGACAGAACCAUUGGGUUUCUAUUAUUAUCUGCAUUUAAGAGUAGGUACAAGGAAGUCCUCACAAAGGCACAUACUGCAGCAUUUGCAGCUGGCUCCAAAUUUUGGACUAUUCUGACAAAAGAAGAGAUCAAUUUGUAUGAGGCAGCUCAAUCUGCAAUGGCAUCCUUCAAGAAGUGGCGAAUGGGGGGGCCCAGAUUUCAGAUAUCUAAUGUUCUGGGAAGAAAGAGAAAAUCAACUGAAUAGUUGCUUUCUAACCUCAGUCAUUAGACAUUAUUUAUGUCAAUGUUUGGGACAUGCUAAUUGCAAAAUGUUUAGAAUGGACAAAAAUGUUAAAUUGUAGAUGUUGACCUUGUACACUUAAUACAAUGUGUUGCAAUUUCAAGUUAUUGAUUUAAGUUUAAGACCACAAAAAACUUGGGCACUGGGAAAAGUGAAAAAUAUGAAAAAUAACCUUGUGGUUAUGUUGUGUUCUAUCAAUGAAAGCCAGACCCAGAUAUUUUUCUUGACCA